UGAAUCAAUGGUUGAUCUUGUUCAGUACUACUCCCUCCUGGAAGUAGUAAAUUGUGCUGUAAAAUCCUCCAGUGGGCAGGCCUCCGUGAGCGUCGCUGAGCACUACAGCGUGUUGGCCCCAAACGUGAGCGGGGCCCAGCUUCGGCACGCCCCCGUGCACUCCAAGGUGCGGUACUUUCACAUGUCGGAGGAUCUCUCCGAGGACGAGGUCGUCACCCUUGUCAGCGGUGAGGGUUUGCUGGACCUCAUUGCAGCGGCGACUGCGGUCCACUGGUUGGACGUCCCAAUGUUCUACGCCGUGGUCAAGGGCGUCCUCAGGAAGCCCGGCUGUGUCUUUGCAGUGUGGGGGUACAACCUGGACAUCGACCAGUUUGGGAGCAAACUUCAGGAGCAACCCAAUGUGGUCAUUCGCCCGUACAUCGACCAAAGGGGUAAGCUGGCCUUUGAUCAGCACCGCGAGCUCAUGUCGGUCGUCUGUCCAUGUCGGCUGGCUUCCCGUCUCAGCCCACGCCGAUGGGUUCGAAUGGGAAUGGCAGCUCGCGGUACAUGUCCAGGGCCAUCCGAGCCCUUGGGUCAAUGUACGGGCCAAUGGCUGCGUCGAGCCACUCCUGGAGCCUCCUUCCAAACGGGUGGAUGUCGAGGUUGUACCCCACACUGUGAGGACGCCACCGGGCUUCUUCAGGACGGGUUUGACCAUGGUGUAGAAGGGCGGGACGUCAAACCAGUAGAUCAUGGUUGCCGCCACGACGAGGUCCAGUUAACCCUCAUCGUCGGCAAGAGCAAUGAGGUUGUCCUCGGAGAGACCCUCCGGUUUGUGGAGGUACCGCACCUUGGGGUGCGCGGAGGCGUGCCCAAGCUGGGCAUCGCUGACGUAGGUGGCCACUACGCUGUCGUAGUGCUCCGCGACGCUCACGGUGGCCUUCCUACUGCCGCGGCCGGCGUCCCAGCUAGGCACGCUGGUGGCCGGUGGUGAGAAAGGCGAGCAUGGCGAACCACUCGUUGGGGUACCGCGGUCGCUUCUUGGC